CGGUUCUACUACUCUCCCGUUGUAUUCUCUUUAAAGACACCAAACACACCUACAUUGGUGACCCCGACGUGAUUUUUUUUUGAAAAAGAGUAGCCGGAUAGGUUGUGUUGUGUCUUUUAAUUUAAAAAAAAAAUAGAAGAAUAAAAAGGUAGAAAAAAAUGACUGAACCGACACUUGCUCAAGUGAAGAGGGAACUAGAAGCCAUCAAGAAGGAACUUCAUGCAUCUGAAGAAGCUCGGACUGCCAUUGAAAAGUCGCUGAUUGCAUCUGACGCUGCAAAGGCUGCCCUAGAAGCCGCCGUUGGAAACAGCGCCAAAUCAGUGAGUGGGAAACUUCCUGCGUUUUGGGCCGACAAACCUAGUGUGUGGUUUGCCCAAGCUGAGUCCCAUUUUACAAAUUUUAAUAUUUUGCAAGAUGCCAAGAAAUAUCAUUAUGUUGUUAGUCAGCUAGACACAGCCACUGCAGCUGAGGUUGAGGAUAUCAUCACUGGCCCCAUGGGAGACCGUACCUAUAAGAAUUUAAAAGAUAAUUUGAUCUCUCGAUUGUCUGAUUCAGAGCAAAAACGUGUCCAGAAAUUAAUCUCUGACGAAGUUAUGGGUGAUCGUAAGCCUUCCCAAUUUUUACGGCACUUGCGUUCACUCGCUGGCUCAAGUGCUGCAGUGAGUGACGCACUGCUUUCCCAAAUUUGGUUGCAGCGCUUGCCUGCUACUGCAUCUGCAAUACUGUCCUCCCACAGUAAUCUGGACCUGAAUGCACUCGCCACUAUGGCUGACAAGAUAGUUGAGGUCGCCCCUGCCAUCCCCUCUGCGGUGCUGGCCAUAAAAACCAACCCUCCUCCUCCCUCCCCUGACGUGUCCGUAUUGAUUUUUGAAACUCUCCAAAAAUUGCCACAGCAAAUCGCUAGUCUUGUAAGUCCCCGAGAACGCCGAGAUGACCGCCAGUCUCGCUCUCGCUCUCAGUCUCGAUUUCGAGAUAAUCGAAGUGCCUCUCGCUCUCGAGACCUCUCUCGAAGCGCCCCCCACUCCUCCCGCGGUGGUGACAGCAGCAUGUGCUGGUACCACGCGCGCCAUGGCAGUAACGCACAGAAGUGCGUGAGCCCCUGCUCCUUCAACCAGGGAAACGCCCCCGGCAACCAACAGUAGCGGCAGCCGGUUGCCUACCCUCCAGGAGCCGCCUAGUCGUUACCGAAAAGACCUCGCGCCAAGCCUACCUAAUCGAUACAGGCAGUGAUCUCUGUUGCUGGCCUCGUCGCUUACUUACUGGUCGUAAAUUGCAAGCAACUAAUCAUGUCCUUAGCGCCGCCAACGGCACUGAUAUCAAAACAUACGGACUUUUACCCCAAGUCUUAAACUUUGGCCUAC